AUGUUAUGCUCCACUUUGGAGAAAUGCGAAUCAGCAUAUGCUAAACAGAGAAUCGAACGACUUGAACAUUCCACAACCACCUCUCUGCAUCUCAACAUGAAUUUGCUCACCUUCAUUCUAUUUGCUCUUCUAGCAACGUUUGCCUCUGCUGAGAGCCACCAGAACCACACCGGCAGUGACCAUUCUAGGCAGAAACGAUUCUUGUUAUUUCCUCGAGCAGCUCCGGCACGUCACCAGCUGGUGGCCGGAUUCGGUAUUCCUGUGGACGUCACGCUCGAAUCCAUCACCGUUGGUUACGUGUUUAAGGCAGUAUAUCUCCUGCCUUGGAAUUCCUCUCACUGGGUGCCACAGUUUCUCCGUCGUGACGAAGAUUUGCUGUUCCAGCAGCAGCAGCAGCAGCAGAGAAAUUUCGUUGAACUCAGCAAUAACCAACAAUAUGAUACAACCUAUGAAAACAACACGCGAGAAGCUGACCGAUCCAGAUGGACAGUCUAUAAGAUGUUGGAAGCAAUAGUGAACCAAAAAGGCUACGACGGCCGUAACUGUCUGCUGAGGACAAUUUGCGAGGCUGCAGAAGCGAAAUUCUCCCACACUAGUGGUAUCUUGGGCGAAUUGUUACACAUCCUAUUUACACCCUCGACCACCAACGAAGUGGUGGAAGAUCUGGACCACGAAAAGUACAGGCAAGCGGAAAAACUUGUUAUUCAGCAUAGUCCAAGAUUUGGGAGGUCAAUUUGUUCAGAUGUGUUUGCCGAGUGUCCUUUCUCGUUUUUGGAUGUUUUUACGGGUGUCACAAAUCUAGGUUUUUGA